UGGAAAGUCUUUUACAGCUGCAGACAUAAGUGAUCAGUUGAGGCACAAUCAUUAAUUUAUAUUUUUUGAGAUAAAUAAUUUGCGAUUGACGCAAUGAUUAAAACUUUCGUGUUCUUUCUAUUAUUGACAGUAGUCUAUUGUGCAAAUGUGAGACGCCAGGUCGAUAACGAUGACGAAAAUUCACUUGUCAAUUACAGCAACUCAGAAGACGAUGAAGGAUCAAAUGAUAGGGAGGAAUGGCAAAGAAGAAUCGAAAUAGAAAGGUUAAAUCAAAGACAAAGACCAACAGAAGAGUUGCCAAGGCCAAGGUAUAUGAUCAAGUGGGUGAAUGCAAAUUAUGGGGAUGAAAAGCAGAGGUACGAGUGGGAGAGAAACCAGCUAUUAAGACAAAGAGCAGAACAAGAUUACGGACAAUACUACGAGCCAGGAAGCAGUGUACCUUAUUGGAUACCCUAUAACACUCCAUAUAACUGGGGAAGAUAUGCCUACGUGUGAUCAACCAUUAUUGUAGCAUUAUUAAUAUAAAGAUGUAAAUUAUAAAAUUUAAUUAACAUAGAACAUUAUUUAUUAAAAGUAUUGAUAAGA